AUGUACAAUGGAUCUGCUGAUGGACCUGCCAAGUUUCAAAAGGCCCUCCCCCUUCCUCGGAAUGACCCGUUGCGCCUCUCCACUCAGCACAACAUGAUUUAUCCGGGGAACUACCAUUUUAUCCUGGACGACACCGAGCUGUGUAGGUCCAUCCAUCCGUACCUGGUUCUGAUUGUUCCCGUUGCCCCCGGCAACUGGAAAGCCCGCGACGCCAUCCGUAGAACAUGGGGCAACGAGACUCUCAUCCAAGGGGAGCUCAUCCAGACAGUCUUCCUCCUGGGCGUACCCAAUAGUGGCAACAUCGAAGUCCUGCAGCGGAAAGUACGCACGGAGAACCGGCUGUACCACGACCUGAUCCAGAGCGACUUCAUAGACAGCUACCACAAUCUGACCAUCAAGACCAUGGUGAUUAUGGACUGGCUGGCCUCCCGGUGCCCUAUGGUGCCCUACGCCAUGAAGAUCGACUCAGACAUGUUCCUGAAUGUGGAGAACCUUGUGAGCAUGUUAAAGACCCCCGGCACCCCUACCACGAUAUACAUGACCGGCAGGCUCAAGUAUGAAAGUCCUGUUGUUCGCAAAAAGAACAGCAAGUGGUACGUGUCUGAGUAUAGCUACCGUGAGAACAAGUUUCCAACCCACCUCGUGGGCAUGGGAUACGUCUUCUCCCUUGAUAUGCCCAGAAGGCUUAUGGAGAUCUCUAAAAGGGUCACUCCCUUUUACGUGGAAGAUGCCUAUAUUGGGGUGUGCAUGAAAACAUUAGGAAUCGACUUCACUCCACCCCCAGAACGCAAUCACUUCAGACUCUACAUGUAUGAAUUCAAUCAUUGUCAUUUGGCCAAAUCCAUCUGUGCCAUCCUCCAAACUCCAGAACAACUGAUAAACUACUGGACAUCAUUAAAGGGGCCUGGCCCGGCCUGUUAGGACAUGAGCAUCUACACGGCUGUUUAGUGGAUAAGUUAAACUUGACUUAUAAUACCUU